CGCUCUUUUGAGAAUUGACGUCAACGAAAAUGGCAAUGGAAGCCCCCACGUUCGCACAAGCGGGCCCGUUGUCAGCAGCUUGCAGUCCCGACGCAAGUCGAGUGCGGGGAGGCACGGGAUUGUUCGACACGUGGCACCUGUCCUGCUCAGACAAGGGGUCUGGGCUGUGCAAUGCGCUGGCGGCGUGCCCUCCGCUCUUCGCGCAACGCAACGAGCGACUCCUUGUUCCUUUUCUUGAAGGGGAUGGAGGCGGCGGGGGGAGUUGGGGAAUGGAGGCGAUCUUGAGGCACAACGUCAUGAGGCAUCGGCCUCUUAUCCACUUAGACGACCCCAUUUGGGCAAAAGCGGACGUUCCGAAGCUGCUGGCGCGCUGUGCUGUGGCCACCAUAAAGGCGGAGGUGCAGUACCACCAAACCCACCACCAGGACGAGAAUCAGGACCAGGUGCAUAACCAAGAUACAGCGCACCAGGACGAGAAUCAGGACCAGGUACGUAACCAGGACCAGGACCACCACCUGGAGAGUUUACACCGUACAAGCUCAGCUGGUGCGACCGUUCCUCAAGGUCGUUUCCACAGUCAUGGAACCUCCGGUGGCGGCGAUUCCGUUGUCGUCAACGUUAAUCCGAAUGGACGGAGUCUGGUGGAGGAGAUAAACCACGUAUGCAACCUGCUGAGACCGAGCAAGAGCUCGUUCGAAGUGCUACAAGAGUGCGGCAUCUUCUCUCUGUUCCCGGCUAUGGUGUCGAUCAUGCUGUCUGGCAGGUUCGGUUCCUUCCUCUCCUCUUCUCUCCCUGCUUUUCUGUCCCGAUCGGGCUCCGGAGGAGGCUCAGGCUCGGGCGGUUCCAGCUUCGGGUCCGGCUGCCUGGGCGAGUUCCGUAAUUACCAUUCCCACCCUCAACCGCAGCCGGGACUGGAGUACUUGUCCCACGUGUCCCAGAUCAACCAGAUUCUGACGCUUGGCGGCCAACUAGAAGAGGAUGUGCAGCGACAGCACAACCAUAAGUACAUCGCCCAUCAGCUCGCUCUGCUCUACCAGUGCCUCAAUCAGGUACGCGGGGAGACCAAAGUCUUCAAGAGACGAAUCGAAACACGAUUCGAAGAGAUAAAGCAUCAGACAGAGCAGCAGCCUGCUCCCAUCUUGUCCGACUCCUGCAAAAGAUGGCUCCGUCAACUCAUAACCGAUCUGCGGGAAGUCAUAGCCAGAUUCCCUCCCAGCAUACGUGGCAAGCUCUCGGCCGUCCAACAAGCGCUCGAAACUCCCACGGAAUCCGAUGCAGGGAGUCGUGCGGGGACCACCACAUCUCACUGAACCAUAUUUGGCCGUUUUACGUGGGAAGUUUAUACCGUACAAGCUCCUGGGGAGUUUACACCGUGAGAAGGUGCGUAACCAGGACCAGCAACCAGCAUACGUGUGCCGACCUCUCGGGAGUCGAAGAAACAAACGGCUUGGGAACUA